GAAAAGAAAAGAAUGUGAUAUAGAUAAUAUAAACUCGGGACAUUUAGAAGAGGAUUACGGAGGCGGAGUCGAAGCUCGAGGAGGACCAUGGCGUCGACGUCGUUGGUGCUAACGUUAGCACCUCCUCUGUUCAGUCGUCGGCCUGAUUCGGCUAGGGUAGCCUUGAAGAAGAAGACAGAGCCCUCACCCUCAGUAAAAUUGAGAAGAAGAUGCUCGGGGAAAGAAGAAGUGCUUCUAGAAGGAAUGCCACCGGAGUAUUAUGAUGAUGAAUGGCAAGCUCGGCAGAGGGAGAAGACGAAAGAAUUGCGGCGGAUGCAGCGGGAGGAAGAAGAAGAAGAAGAGAGAAAGAUUGAAGAGUACCGUGAAAUCGGUUUGAGGUUGAAGGAAUUUCCUGAGGAAGACUUGAGGAAAGCUAGAAAGCUCGUCUCCAGCUUCAUCACUGCUGCUGAGGAAGUCGAAGAGAGAAUUGAAGAAGCUGCUGAGAAAGGAGAACUGGACGAGCUUGUUCUCAUGAUCAUAUGGAACCGGCUUGACCUUGCUCGCCGUGAUGACGAGAAGGACGCUAUAAGAAGUCUUGAUCUCUUGUAUAGAAGAGUCGAGACAGAGAUCUUAAAACGGCAAGCAAGUCCUGCGAUGAAGCUGCUGAAUGAUCUUCUAAACAUGCAUGAUGGCUUUGGAGACGAUGCUUGGCUGAAAGACUGCAGAAAACGAAUGGCUGAGACAUUCCCACGGGAAGACCCCUUCAGCAUUCUAAUGCCACCCGGUUUCGACAUUGAUAUGCAUCAAGGACCGUUACGGUCCCCCGUUGAGACAGACAACACCCUUCUGAGAGUAGACUUUGUAAGAGAAGUUGAUGCAUUGCUGCAUGAAGUGAGAUUAAUAGAGGAAGACGAGGAGGAAGCUGGUAAGAAAGGAGACCCUGAAGCGAUAGCACGUAAGUUGAAGCAGCAAGAGAAGAAGCGAACCAUCCGUCAAGUUGAAGCCCUUCUUGAUUUGGCCCUCAACUUGAAGUGGUAGGUUAGGUACCAAGAGUUGUUUGUAAAGAAAAUACGAUACUAAUAGGAUUGUGGGAGCAUCAUGCUUUUUCUUAAGGAAUAUUGGUCAGAUCAAAAUUUUACCCGCAUUAUUCUGCA